AUGCAAAAAGAGCUUAGCUGCGUCCGUUCUCAAGAGGUAGCAGAUUUCAUUAUGGAAAAGCGGGUUUUGAACGUUUCCAUCACUGUUGAAGAUGUUGAGCGAAUCCUUGAAGUUGCUAUAUUAGAUGGUGCUAUUGAGCGGCGACCAGAUGGGAAGGUUCGAGCCACCACAUCAACUACACGUCCCUCUCCGCUAGUCACAGUGCCGUGCUCAACUUGUCCAGUUGUUGACGAUUGCUCAUCGGGGCAUGUGAUAAGCCCCCAGACGUGCCGAUAUAUGGCUGAAUGGCUUUCAGGCACUUGA